CCUCCUCAUCCACCCGCUGCGCCCCGCCCCCUCAUCCCAGAAAAAAAAAUGGUGGCCGGGCUCUCUGCAGAGUCGUCUUGGAGGGGGACGGCGGGAAUUUAACUUUCGUGAACUUUUCAAAACGAUCGUAAAAUUAUUAACGACGACGAACAACUACGAACGCAACAACUCGCAAAUCGGCGUCAACGUCGCCGGAAGUUGGUGGAAGUUCAGUUUAGUUUUGUAUCGCCAAAGCAAAACGCACGGGAAAAAAAUGUAAUUUUUUUUAUCGGCCGUGUGAGGAGUGAAGUUCGUGAUUUUUUUUGGCGGCGUUGAAGUUUUUAGAAGGUUUUUUAUUUUAAUUAUAAAUUAUUGUUGCUGCUGCUGCUGCAGUUAUAAACCAGCGUCUGGGGAGGAGGAGGAGAAUAAGAUGGGGCUACCUCCGCUGGAAUUCGUCGACUGUCACCUCGACAGCCCGCAGUUCAGGGAACGUCUCAAAUCGCACGAAGUGGCGCUUGACAAGACGAACAAGUUCAUCAAGGAGCUCAUCAAGGACGGACGGGGCCUGGUCGCCGCCUUUAAAAAUCUGUCACAGGCCAAGAGGAAGUUCGCUCAGUCGCUGGCGAGCUUCAAGUUCGACUGCAUCGGUGAUGCCUCCACGGACGACGAAGUCAGCAUCACUGGGUCACUCCAAGAGUUCGCAAAGCUCCUGGGCUCCAUGGAAGACGAGAGGGAGAGGAUGAUUGCCAGCGUGUGCGACGUGUUAAUUACUCCACUGGAGAGGUUUCGCAAAGAUCAAAUUGGCGCUGCCAAGGACGAGAAGAAGAAGUUCGACAAGGAGAGCGAGAAGUACUACACCCAGCUGGAGAAGCACGUCAGCCUCUCUUCCAAGAAGAAGGAGACCCUCCUCACUGAGGCCGACACGCAGCUGGAGGUGACGCGGAGGCACUUCAACGAGGUGUCUCUGCAGUACGUGUGCAAGGUGCAGGAGGUGCAGGAGCGCAAGAAGUUUGAGUUUGUGGAGCCGCUGUUGGCCUUUCUCCAGGGUCUCUUCACGUUCUACCACCAGGGCUAUGAGCUCGCCAAGGAGUUCCACCACUACCAGCACUUCCUACAGGGAAACAUCCAGAACACACGGGAGCGGUUUGAGAGCACACGCUCUGAGGUGGAGCAGCUGAUGCAGAAGAUGAACACCUCGUUCGGAGCGCGUGUCCCCCAGAAACCGUUCGCCAUUGAGGGUUACCUCUUCAUGCUGGAGAAACGUCACUUCGGCUCCGCGUGGGUGAAGCACUACUGCUGUUACAGCAAGAACACGGGACACUUCUCCAUGCUCGCCUAUGACCCGAAGCCGACGGGGAAGCUGAACGGACUGGUGUUGAGUCCGCAGGGAGAGCGGGACUCCUUCCAGCUCAAGUCGUGCGUGCGCCGCAAAACCGACUCCAUCGAGAAACGCUUCUGCUUCGACAUCGAGGCCAUCGACAGACCAACCAUCAUGACCCUGCAGGCGCCCUCAGAGGAUGAGCGGAAGUUGUGGAUGGAAGCGAUGGAUGGCAAAGAGCCCGUUUACACAAUGCCAAGACUAAACAGCAAGCGGGAGGAGACGCAACUCAAUGAUUUGGGAUUCAACUUUGUAAGAAAGUGCAUCUCUGCGGUUGAGACGAGAGGUGUGACCACUCAAGGUCUGUACCGGAUCGUAGGGGUCAGCUCGAAAGUGCAGAAGUUGCUGAGUCUGGCUGUGGACCCCAAAACGGCGACGGAAGUGGACCUGGAGAAUCCCCAGGACUGGGACAUCAAGACGAUCACCAGCGCCCUCAAGAGCUACCUGAGGACUCUACCCGAACCCCUGAUGACUCAUCAGCUGCACGGGAGCUUCAUUCUUGCCGCAAAGCUGGAGAACCCGGAGAGCCGUGUGAAGGCGGUCCACGCGCUCGUUUACCAGCUGCCCGAUGCCAACCGCGACAUGCUGCAGCUCAUCGUCCACCACCUCAUCGUAGUGGCGAGUCACAACAAGCAGAACCUCAUGACGGUGGCCAACCUGGGCGUGAUCUUCGGCCCGACGCUCAUGCGGCCCCAGGAGGAGUCAGUCGCCGCCAUCAUGGAGAUCAAGUUCCACAACAUCGUCAUCGAGAUCCUCAUCGACAACUCGGAGAAGGUGUUCAAGACUCCCCCUGACCCAGAUGCCCCCCUGCUGAUCCCCCAGCCCAACGUCCCGCACCGGCAUGGCAAGACGCCCGGUGGCGGUGGUGGCGGCGGUGGCGGUGGUGGUGGUGGUGGUGCUGUGAGCAGCAAGGCCCCUCGACCCAUGGGAGGGGUCUACAUGACCUCCAGCCGGGACGGAGUUGACAUGAAGCCAGAAAACAGCACGGCCGCCUCAACAACAACAACAACAACCGCCACCGCAGCCGCAGCAGCAGCAGCAGCACCCACCACCAACAACACCGCCGCCGCCACCACCAACAACAACAGCAGCAGCAGCAGCAGCAGCCCGAGCUCCAGCUCCGAGUCCAUCGCGUCGUCCCACUCCUCCGACGCCGCCGCCGCCGCCGCUCCGCCCUCGUCGCCGCGGCUCUACCCGGAUUUGUCGUCGGAGCUGCCGAGGGGGCCGCCGCCGUCUUCGCCGUCUUCGCCGUCUUCGCCGUCGUCUGCGAAGGAGACGACGGCGUGGAGGGGGGAGGCGGCCGUCGUGGGGGAGCAGACGCCGGCGUUUAAGGGCGGCGCCGCCGCCGCAGCCACCGCCUCCACCGCCUCCGCCUCCUCCAAACCCGACGCUUUCAUCAUAGCAAGGACCCCCUUCUAUGAGUCUUCAUCCAAAUACAGCCGCCCUUCCAGUAGGCAGGCCAAGGCGAGGUACGCGUGUGAAGCGGAGCACGAAACGGAGCUGUCCUUCAUGCCCGGAGACCUCUUCACCAACGUGCACAAGUCCCGUGAGCCGGGGUGGCUGGAGGCGACGCUGAACGGGAAGACCGGGCUGAUCCCACAGAACUACGUAGACCUGCUCUGAGUGGCCGGCACACACAGGUGCACACACACAGCGCUCCGCCGCCGCUCCGCCCGGGGACGGAGGCCCGGUUCGGGAUCCCCGGGUGACAUUUCGGACGCGGUGGGCCGCCGACGCAACGGCGGAACGCCCCUCCCGCCCAACUUCGGAAUUUCGCCCGAGGGUUUCCCUCCGCACGAGCCUAGCCCGUCGCCGCUUCUCCUCCUCCUGCCCACGCUCGGCUGAUCGCUUUCUCUCAACUGUGAAGUUUGUCGCCGGCACGACGUCGGCGGCAUCAGCGGCCGCGCCGUCAUCCGGCGGCGUCACCGCGGCGCUCGUGCCAGGCUGGGUGCGCUUCACGAAGCCGGCGCGGCGAGCGGCGAAGGCUCGCUCGCUCGCUCGCCGGCCGGCGAGAGAGGGAGGUCACGGGGAGCAGACCCGGCAGGUGGCCGCGGGCUCACCCACCGAGGUGACUGCUGGCAGACGCACAGCCAGCUGCCGCUCCCGGACUCUGGCUGCGUUUUAUCCGCCCCGCUCGUUGUUGUGAGCGUCGCUUCCUCCGCCCUCCGUUGUUGCCGGAGGGGCGACCGCCUCCAGCUGCCCAGCAGCAGCAGCAGCGUCCUUCACGAGCCUCCUCCUCCUCCUCCUGCUCCACAGAGGACGAACUUGACGGCUGCUGAUCAUCGGCGCCACGUCCUCCUGCGUGUGCAUCAGCCCAUCUCCUCUCCAGCCCGUGCCGACACAUGAGACCACAAAGACAAAGGUCUCCCUCAUAGCCUAUUCAGGUUGUUUGGGGCAAGUGCUAUUAGCAAAGGCUGGGGUGGUCAGUACCACGCCAGACUACAUUUGUUUCACGAGUGGCGAUGUGCAGUUUGUUUCCCUUACCCCCUCCCCCCCCGCACCUCCGAUUAGCACGGUUGGCUACGUAUGGUGCAAAAGAAGUUCAACACGCAGAUACACACACACACGUACACACACGUACACACACA